CCAUCUAACUUAAGAUAACCUUGAUAAGUAAACAAAAAUAAAUUGUAACUGUACAAUCGAACGAAAAAAGAUUUAUAAAAUUUAAGUUAUUGAUUAGCUGUAGAUGUACUUUUUUACACAAAGAAAAUGAAGCUCUGCCCACGUGAACAAGAAAAUUUACUAAUUCAUCAAGCUGGUUAUGUGGCUCAAAAAAGACUCGCCAGGGGUUGCAAACUCAAUCAUCCCGAGGCAGUGGCUCUGAUUUCUUGUCAAUUGCUGGAAUUCAUAAGAAACGGAGAAACCGUUGCAGAUUUGAUGAAUAAAGGAAAACAAUUAUUGGGGCAGAGACAAGUUAUGAAUGGGGUAGCUGAUAUGAUUAAAGAAGUUCAAGUUGAAGGCACUUUUCCUGAUGGAACAAAAAUGGUAACGGUCUCUUAUCCUAUUUGCAGAGAAGAUGGAAAUUUAUCUUUUGCUCUAUAUGGAAGUUUCUUACCAAUUCCUGAUACUAACGUCUUCCAGAAAGAAGAAACCGAAUAUGAGAAGGAAACGAAAGGGAUUAUACCUGGUUGCUAUUAUCCAAAGGAAGGAGAUGAAAAAAUUCAUAUAAACAAAGACCGAAAAAGAAUAGCCUUGAAAGUUGCUAGUUCCUGUGACAGACCCAUUCAGGUUGGAAGUCAUUAUCAUUUCAUAGAACUUAACAAGCGUUUAAUCUUUGACAGGGCUCAGUCGUAUGGAAUGAGGCUGGAUAUUCCUUCUGGUAGUGCUGUAAGAUUUGAACCAGGUGAAAGCAAAAUUGUUACACUUGUAGAAAUAGGAGGAGCAAAGAAAAUUUACGGUGGGAACAACCUUUGCGAUGGACCGAUGUUGAGUUCCAACUUACCCAACAUUAUGAAGAAAAUCAAAAAUCUAGGUUUUGGAAAUAAAAAGCAGGAUACAUUUUUACCAGUUGACUCUUAUCUUCUCUCACGAUAUAACUAUAUGAAUAUGUAUGGACCAACUGUUGGAGAUAAAGUUCGUCUUGGGGACAUGAAUUUAAUAAUUGAAAUAGAACGAGACUUUACAGUAUAUGGCGAUGAAUGCACAUUUGGAGGAGGAAAAGUUAUAAGAGAUGGAAUGGGACAGGCUGCGUUGCUUGGAGCUCGUGAUGUUUUGGAUACUGUGAUAACAAAUUGCGUUAUCAUCGAUGCUAAAUUAGGAAUACUGAAAGCAGAUAUCGGCAUUAAGGUAAGCAAAAUAAAAUUUUAUUUCAUAUGUUUUAGAAUGAUCAAUUACUCUACUUUGUAUAUUAUUGUAUUAUUAAUUCCAAUUAAAACUCUUUUAAUACAAUGCAGAUUUAUCAUGGAAGCAACAGAUGAUUUUCCAUUGAACUUUGGUUUCACAGGCAAAGGGAACACAACUGACACUCAAAAUUUAUCAAAAGGGCUUGUAGAACAAAUUGAAGCAGGUGCAGUAGGAUUUAAAGUUCAUGAAGACUAUGGUUCCACACCAUCAGCUAUUGACAGUGCCUUAAAAGUUGCAGAUGCUUUUGAUGUUCAAAUAACCAUACAUUCAGAUACACUGAAUGAAUCUGCAUGCGUGGAGGAGACAAUCGAAGCUUUCAAAGGUAGAACAAUCCAUACCUACCACUCCGAAGGGGCUGGGGGUGGACAUGCACCUGAUAUUCUGCGAGUGUGUAGUGAGCCCAACGUUAUACCAUCCUCAACUGCUCCGACUAAACCAUUUACAAAGAACACUAUUGAUGAAUUUUUGGAUAUGCUUCUUGUUUGCCAUAACUUGGAUAAGAACAACAAAGAGGAUUUGCUGAUAACUGAGUCUAGAAUUAGAGGAGAAACUAUGGCUUCCGAAGAUAUUCUUCAUGAUAUGGGAGCAAUGAGCAUAAUGUCAUCUGAUGCACAGGCAAGUGGAAGAAUGGCCGAGGUUCUAAUUCGUACGUGGCAGACAGCAGAUAAGAUGAAAAAAGUCCGGGGUCCUCUACCAGAAGAUUCAACAAAUAAUGACAAUUUCAGAGUAAAGCGAUAUAUAGCCAAGUACACUAUAAAUCCUGCCAUAGCACAUGGUUUGUCUCAUGUUAUUGGAUCCAUUGAAGUUGGUAAGAUGGCUGAUUUAGUUCUUUGGAAACCUGCAUUCUUCGGUGUUAAGCCAGAUAUGAUUAUUAAAGGAGGAGACGUAGCUUGGUCUGAUAUGGGUUUGCCGAGUGGCUCAAUUCCUACAGUUGAGCCUAUAAUACAGAGAGAAAUGUAUGGUGCGCAUGGUCAUGCACCAAAGAGAAACUCAUGUGUGUUCGUUUCAAAGGCUUCUCUUGAAAAGAAAAUCGUCCAAAAAUACAGCAUUGGGAAAACUCCUAUAGCAAUUGAAAAUUGCAGGAAAAUUGGAAAAGCUGAUAUGGUUUUGAAUGAUACGCUGCCCAAACUGAAAGUUGAUCCAGAAACAUUUAAGGUUUAUGCUGCAGAGAACCGAAAUGGAAAAAAAGUGUGGUCACACUUGACUUGCGAACCAUCGGAAGUAUUACCACUUGCUCAAAAAUAUUAUUUGUUCUAGUGUUAUUAUAUUUUGUUUGAAAAAAAGUUGUGACUUCUAUGAUAUAAUAAUAAAGUAAUAAAGUUUCACCGUU